UGGGCCGCUGCAGUUAUGGCGGAGCGCAUCGAGCAGCGCCUGGAGGAGCGUAUCCCCGAGCUGGAGCAGCUGGAGCGGGUUGGGCUCUUCACCCGCCUCGAGAUCAAGGCUGUCAUUAAGAAAGCCUUGGCUCUAGAAUACAAAAUACAGAGGAGAGCCCUUCACAAAGAAGACUUCAUCGAUUAUAUUCAGUAUGAAAUUAAUUUGUUGGAACUUAUCAAGAAAAGAAGAUCGCGCAUUGGAUAUUCAUUUAAGAAAGAUGAAAUAGAGUACUCUAUUGUGCAGAGAAUACAAGGCCUCUUCAAGCGUGCCACAGGAAAGUGGAAGGAGGAUGUCCAGCUGUGGUUGUCACAUGUUGCUUUCUGCAAGAAGUGGAAUAUGAAAUUUCAGCUUAGCAAGGUUUUCUCUGCUAUGUUAGCCAUUCAUCCAAACAAGCCAGCACUGUGGAUUAUGGCUGCAAAAUGGGAAAUGGAGGAACGCCUGUCAUCAGAAAGUGCCCGGCACUUGUUCCUUCGUGCAUUGCGCUUCCAUCCAGAAUGUCCAAAACUCUAUCAGGAAUAUUUCAGAAUGGAACUGAUGCAUGCUGAGAAGCAGAGAAGAGAAAAGAAAGAGUUUGAACAAGCAAAGAUGGACUUGGGGGAGUUCAAUUAUUCUGAGGAGAUUCUUCAUGGGGAACUGGCUCGAAUAAUUUACAGGGAUGCCAUUCAGAAAAUCCAGGGUGCUGAGUUUCAUCUUUCUCUGCUUUCUAUUGCAAAGCUCUUUGAUUUUACCCUGGACUUGCAAAAAGAAAUUCUUGAGAAAUUGCAGGCUGAACAUGCGGAUGACCCUCUUACAUGGGACUACAUGGCACGGCAGGAGCUGGAGUUAGGGUCUCUGCCAUCCUCACAACAUUCAUCUAAACAGACAAAAGCAUCCGAGGUGGCUCAGAAGGAGGAACGGUGCUGUGCAGUCUUUGAUGAAGCUGUGACCUCACUCCCCACUGAGCCCAUGUGGAAAUGCUAUGUCACUUUUUGCCUGGAGAGAUAUAACCGGAAAACCAAUAGCGAAGCAUUAAGACAGAAGAGACUGGAAAGGAUGUUGAGUGUGCUCAGCAGAGCCCACGAAUCUAACUUGCUGCCAGAGGAGUUGUAUAAGCAGUGGCUUCAGCUGUUACUGGAGCUCAACCUUUCUGAAAAGGCCACAGAGGUAGCUGCAGGUGCAACCAAACGGUUUGGUCCCUCAGUGGAUAUGUGGCAAACUAGACUGCAAGUGCUAAUUCAGCUGAACAGUGACUGCGUGGCCGAGUGUUUUGAAGAAGCCUUCAAGCAAGUGAAAUCUAAGGACAGCCUAUCUUUAUGGACUCUGUGGGCAGAGUGGAGUGAAGGCGCAAACAGGAAAGAGGACACAGAAGCCCUCUACCAGAGAUCCUUACUUAUCACUGUGCCAGCUGUCUCUGUAACCAUGAAAGAGAAGUACCUUGACUGGGCCUACAGGACUGGCGGGUAUAAGAAAGCAAAGAAAGUCUUUACCAGCCUACAUGAGAAUUGUCCCUUUUCACGUGAGUUCUUCAAGCGGAUGAUCCAAAUAGAAAAAGAGCAAGAAUCUUGCAAGAUGUCUAAUCUGAGAGAGUACUAUGAACGUGCUUUGAGAGAGUUUGGUUCUGCAGAUUCUGAUCUCUGGCUCGAUUACAUCAAAGAAGAGCUAAGCCAUCCCCAAGGCAAGCCAGAAAACUCUGGGAACAUUCACUGGAGAGCUAUGAAGAUGUUGCAGGGAGAGCUAGUAGAAAACUUUGUUUCCAAAUACACUUUGCUACAAACCGGACACUCAUGAAAAAUGUAGAUUUUUUUUUUUCCCCCACGUUUCUGAGAUGAACAACAUAUUGCAGAAUUACUAGAGUUGUUUUGUUUGUUCAAUUUUUUUUACAAGACUUUAAGAGUAAACACAUUCCUGAACCACA